AUGGUGGUUGGUGGGAGUGGACACAGGUUUUGGGUGAGGUGGGAAGGGACAGCAGGUUGGAAGGUGGUGAAGAGAGUUGUGGUGUGGGAAGAGACACAGGUUGGAGGUGGUGGUGGGAAGGGACACAGGUUGGUGGUUGGAGGUGGGAAGGGACACAGGUUGGAGGUGUGGGAAAGGAAAAGGAGACACAGGUUGGGUGGUGUGGGAAGGGAAAGUGGAGGUGGUGGUGGGAAGGAAAGGAACAGUUGGUGUGGAGUGGGAAGGGAAAGGACACAGGUUGGAGGUGGUGUGGGAAGGGAAAGACACACAGGUUGGUGGUGGAGCGUGGGAAGAGGGAAAGGACACAGGUUGGAGGUGGUGUGGGAAGGGAAAGGACACACAGGUGGGGUGGAGGUUGGGAAGGGACAAGGAACACACAGGUUUUGGUGUGAGGUGGGAAGAGAAGGACACAGGUUGGAGUGGAGGUGGGAAGGAAAGGACACACAGGUUGGUGGUGGAGGUGGGAAGGAGAAGGCACAACAGGUUAUGUGGUGGAGUGGGAAGAGAAGGGGACACAGGUUGGAUGUGUGGUGGAAGAGAAGUGGACACAGGUUGGAGGUUGGUGGUGGGAAGGGAAAGGACUACAACAGUUUGUGGUGGGAGGUGGGAACGAGAAAGGGACAACAGGUUGGUGGUGAGGGUGGGAAGAAGAGGGACACAGUUGGAGGUGGGAAGGAAAGGACAGCAGGUGGUGUGGAGUGGGACAGGGACACAGUUGGAGGUGGUGGGGUGGAAAGGGACCAGGUUGGUGGUGGAGGUGGGAAGGGCACAGGUUGA